AUGUUCAAAUUCGCCGUUGUCAUUUUCGCUUUCAUUGCCUGCGCUGCUGCCAAGCCCGGUUUGAUUGGUGCCCCUUUGGCCUAUACCGCACCCGCUGCUGUUGUUGCUGCUGCUCCUGCUCCAUUUGUCACUGCCACCAGCAGCCAAUAUGUUGCCCGUAACUACAAUGGUAUUGCCACCGCUCCAGUUGUUGCUCCCGUUGCUGCCCCUGUUGUUGCCAAGACUUUCGCCGCUCCAGUAGCCGCCGCUUACACUACACCUGUUGCCGCUGCCUACUCUGCCCCUGUUGUGGCCAAAUACGCUGCUCCCUUGGCCUACUCCUCCCCCUUGACUUAUGCUGCUGCUCCUGCCCCAGUUUUCUUGUAA